AUGUUACGUCCGGGUUACGACCGCUUGGAGAUUCACGGGUUCAGCGAUGCUUCAGAGUCUGCAUAUGGCGCAUGCAUCUAUCUCCGGUCAAUACCCGCCGAGGGCCCUUGUACAGUUCGUCUGGUGAUUUCUAAGUCCAAGGUCGCUCCGAUGGGGACUCAAACCAUUCCACGCCUCGAGCUAUGCGCAGCUCAACUCCUGUCCAGAGUUCUUAAACAAGUUCAGGACAGCAUCGACAUAACCGCUACCACAUAUCUGUGGACCGAUUCUUUUAUCGUCUUUAACUGGAUAUCCGCAACUCCAUCGACAUGGAAGACGUUCGUAGCCAACCGAGUGGCUGAAAUCCAAGAGCUGACGUCUCACGCCGUUUGGAAUCACGUCCCAUCCGAAGACAAUCCCGCCGAUCUCGUUUCUCGAGGAAUGGACCUCGAUGAACUCCUCGCUAGUGCACUGUGGUGGAACGGACCGCAGUGGCUAAAACCAAUAUUCGCCCCUUGGCCAGCGAAGUACGUCGUCGUAGCGACCUCAAACUCAGACCAACCGGACGUCCGACAGACUAUUGCCCUUCCGGUCGUGAGCGUAGAACCGGCAGAUAUCGUCGAUCGCUAUUCCAAUCUACGUCAGCUACUUCGGAUCGACACACUUCUUCGGCGUUUCGCCGCUAACUGCCUUCACCGGAAGAAUCACCAACCAAUUCUUGUCGACCCGUUGACGGCUCUUGACAUUGAUCGCACUCUGCUUAAUCUGGUCCGUCGCAUACAACAGCAGUACUUUGCCAACGAGAUACGCCAACUUGAAACCGUCGGAAAAGUAAACCGUAAAUCCAAGCUACGGUAUCUGCACCCGACACUCGUAGACGGCAUUAUUCGUGUCGGCGGCCGGCUUCACAAUGCUGCAAUACCUGUCGACGGAAGACACCCGAUCGUCCUCCCCAAACAUCGUCUCACCGACAUGAUCGCCACGAGAGAACACCAUAAGAUGCUCCAUGCCGGUCCCAGCUUACUACUAUUCUCGUUGCGCCAAAGAUUUUGGCCCCUCGGCGGACGGAACUUGGUUCGCAACAUUGUUCACGGCUGCAUGGUAUGCGCACGUGCCAAACCCAAGCCGUUGCAGCAGCUGAUGGGGGAUCUGCCAUCUGUUCGGGUCAACCAGGCGUACCCGUUUCAGAAUGUUGGCGUUGACUUGGCUGGGCCAAUGUACGUGAGAACGUCACUCCGAAAUAAGAGAUCGCUAUUCUUCAAAGCCUACAUCACCGUAUACGUAUGUAUGGCUACCAAAGCCGUGCACUUGGACCUUGUGUCGGAUCUGACCACUGGCACAUUCAUUGCGAGCCUGCGAAGAUUCGUCGGCCGUAGAGGAAAGCCUGCGCAUAUCUACUGCGAUAACGCCACGAACUUUGUUGGAGCACAGCGAGAACUGGAAGAACUGCGAAGGCUUUUCCGAACUCAAGUUCACCAAGAUGCCGUAGCAAACGAAUGCGCAGACAACGGAAUACAGUUCCACUUCAUCCCACCUCGCUCUCCCACAUUCGGUGGAAUCUGGGAAGCCUGCGUGAAAUCCGUGAAGACCCUGCUUCGCAAAAUCCUCGGAAAUGCUCACCUAACCGAAUCCGAGCUGCAAACCGCAUUGAUUCAGGUCGAGUCAAUGCUAAACUCUCGCUCAAUCACGCCGUUGCCGGACAAUCCAUCCGAUGAGCUUGCUCUGACUCCAGGACAUUUCCUGAUUGGUCGUCCGUUGAAUGCGGUACCUGAUCCAGAUUGCCGUGAAGUUCCUGAAUCCAGGUUGUCUCGAUGGGAACGAGUACAACAGCUAACUCAGCACUUCUGGAGUCGUUGGCACAAGGAGUAUCUGGCCACCCUGCAAAAUCGCUACCGCUGCACAGAAGCCAUGGACAAUCUAGCCGUUGGUUCCAUCGUCGCUCUCAAAGAUGAGAGAGCACCGCCGUUGAAAUGGCCCCCGGGAUGCAUGCUCAGCGUUCAUCCCGGCCCUGACGGCCUUGUUCGUGUCGCCACCGUGAAGUCGACCUUCGGCAUCGUUCAACGCGCCAUCCUGAAGCUCUGCUUACUUCCAGUUGAAGUAGCGCCACCCAUCGUAGCACAGAGUCCCGCACCAACUAGCAGCCCUACGUCAACAACGCCAAAUGAAGGCCCUUGCUCAGGGAACCGGGCCGCCAGACGAGAUCCCGGCCCUUGCUCAGGGAACAGAGCCGCCGGACGAGAUCCCGGCCCUUGCUCAGGGUACAGAGCCGCCGGACGAGCUCCCGGCCCCUACUCGGGGAAAUUAGUCGCCAGACGAGAUCCUGGCCCAAGCUCGGGGGUAUCGAGCGGUUCGUGGUUCACCUGUAAAGAACCAAACCUCGCCGUGUGGGUUCCUAGAACCCCCGGCUGGGACUUGACUCGAGUUAAGUACCCCAUCCUAAUUUGUUAA